AUGGCGCAAAGGAUUAGAUUUGUCCCUUUCGUGCGAAUGGAAAAAGCGAGCGUACCUUAUCUGAACAAACGAAAGAAAGUCAGCAACUCUAUUGAGCACUGGCCAGACAUCCACGAGAGCCCUUGCUGUUUUUGUAUGGCCUGGGUGCCGGGAGGACAGAAAUCGAUGGUUAUGGUCGCGGUCAAGAGUUGUAACUUGUCGAAGACGACCGCGAGCCGCGUCGCCAGUCCGUGGGAAAGUCACUGGAUUCGCGAGCACUGCGGCGCAUCAAUUCUGAGGGCGCCCACCCCGCCAAGGGGAUACAAAAACGUUAACCCCACAUUCCAAUAA